AAGGAGAAGGUAAGAAAGGGCAGCAAACCCGCUGUCGUCUCCCUUCAUGAACGAAACGUAACGUAACGUAACGUUUCAAAUCCAUCUCCUCUCCUACAAGUGGUUGUGGAGAGCGACCUCUGCAGCAGCAGAGCCCGACUCGUUCUCCCCUUCUUCUCGGCAGGAACAGAGGAGCUAGGAAAUGCUUUCGAGGAUGAAUGGCGUCGUGUGGGCCGAUGAUGGCGGCGACGAGGAGGACGCCGCAUCGUGGGCGAGAACGGCUUCCGCCGUCGGUGCCAGCAGCGGAGCGAUGGGCGAUGGCAAGGACGAGCUCGGCCUCCCGAACUUCAAGUCCAUGCUCGAUGACGACUGGUACUUAGGGGGGACUACUACGGCCGCCUCCCACAACCUGCUGCCGGCGUCGGCUAUCACUCAUCAUCCAUUCGACGGGUUCCAGUCGCAUGUGGAGCUCAAAGAUAUGACCUUUUCUACGAACCCUAAGCCGCAUGAGGCCUUGUUGCUCCCGCCCGCCGAUGACCUCGACCAAAAUCCGCCCUUUUUUACUGGAAAAUCGAGCUUUGCCUCUCUCUUCGGCACGGUUUGUUCGACUCCUUUCGACGCUGGGCUCGAUCUCGGGUGCGAUGCUCCGGGGUUUCUUCCGGCUUCCCACGUGUCCGCUUCGUCUGUUUUGAUGAACAGAGGCGUCGGAGGCAGUGGCGACGGGGAAGGAGUCCAGGGUUUCGCUGGGUUGGGAGCGAGCGACCAACUCAUUUGUGCCGAUCUGAGCUCAGCAGGCGAGUUUUCUGGCGUCCGUCUGCUUCCGCAGACCGACAACUGUUCUGGUUCCAUUUCCGGCGGCGCCUUCAGUGCCACGGGCUUCAACAACUUCGAGAAUUCUCCAUUUCUCAACAGGUCCAAAUUGUUGAGGCCGCUGGAGAUAUUCCCUCCGGUGGGAGCGCAGCCGACUCUGUUCCAGAAGCGGGCGGCCGCCGCUCUCCGGCAGUAUUCGGCUUCCGCCGUUGAAAAAAGCAGCUUCCUGGGACUAUGGGAUCCAGAAGGAGUGGGGCAGGGUAACCGGGGGAAGUCCGCUUUGGAAGAACAAAUCGCAAGGAAUAGGAAGGGCAAUGACGAGUACGAAAUGGACGACGGAAGCAUGGAUGCUUCCGGGUUGAAUUACGACACAGAUGACGGUGCCACAGAUACUACCAGAGGCGAAGAGAACGCCAAGGAUGGUGGCGGGGCAAGCAACUCAAUUGCCAACAGCACAGUGACUGGAGGUGGAGACCAAAAGGGGAAAAGGAAGGGCCUUCCUGCCAAGAACUUAAUGGCGGAGAGGAGGAGGAGAAAGAAGCUCAAUGACCGGCUUUACAUGCUAAGAUCUGUGGUUCCCAAAAUCAGCAAGAUGGACAGAGCUUCAAUUCUCGGUGAUGCAAUUGAGUACUUAAAGGAGCUUUUGCAAAGGAUCAAUGAGCUUCACAAUGAACUAGAGUCAACACCUUCAAAUUCUUCGGUAGCUGGUACCAGUGUGGCUAGCUUUCACCCUUUAACUCCAACACUGCCUAGCCGUGUGAAGGAGGAGCUUUGCCCAAGCUCUUUACCAAGCCCAACUAGUCAGCCAGCAAGGAUUGAGGUUAAGCUAAGAGAAGGUCAUGCAGUCAACAUCCAUAUGUUUUGUGCCCGUCGACCUGGCCUAUUGCUUUCCACCAUGAAGGCCCUUGAUAGCCUGGGGCUUGACAUUCAGCAGGCUGUCAUCAGCUGUUUCAAUGGAUUCGCCUUGGAUGUUUUCCGAGCAGAGCAAUGCAAAGAAGGUCCGGGUGCCCUGCCAGAAGAAAUCAAGGCAGUGCUCUUGCAUUCUGCAGGAUUAGACAACAUGAUGUUGUGAGAAAUAUAUAAGAAAAAAAAUCUGACCAUUUGUCCCAGUGGUUAAUUUAUGUUUCUUGAUGAAAUUGGCUAAUUAAUUAGCCCUCCAGCAGUAAAUCUUAGGAUUUCUAUCUUGCAUCUUAUGGGUGAAAAGCUGCAUCUGUCUCCUUAUAACAGUGUCUCACUCUUUCUCAUCAUGGAAUAAAAGUUUAUAGCUCAUUUCUGUUUGAA